AUGUGGUACCUACCUGUAGUGCCUAGGCUCAAACGAUUGUUCGCUAAUGCUAAAGAUGCAGAAAAGUUGACAUGGCAUGCAGACGGGCGAAAUAAAGAUGGAAUUCUUCGGCAUGCUGCUGAUUCCCCUCAAUGGAAACAUAUUGAUACUACUUUUCCGAAUUUUAGUCGUGAAACAAGGAAUUUAAGGCUAGGCUUAUGUACAGAUGAAAUCAACCCAUUUGGUAACAUGAGUAGUCAGCAUAGCACUUGGCCAGUUCUGUUGGUGAAUUACAAUUUACCACCUUGGUUGUGCAUGAAGCGCAAAUACAUUAUGUUGUCAAUUUUGAUAUCUGGGCCUAAACAACCUGGAAAUGACAUAGAUGUGUACUUGGCACCACUGAUUGAGGAUUUGAAGAAGUUGUGGGAUAAACGUGAGCGUGUGUAUGAUGAAUAUCGUAAGGAAACAUUUACUUUGCGUGCUAUGAUCUUCUGCACAAUUAAUGACUUUCCUGCGUAUGGGAAUUUAUCUGGCCAUGUUGUCAAGAAGGUUGUAUACCCAUUUCAACGAGUAUUUCUACCUCGCAAUCACCCUUAUCGUCGGAUUCGCAAGGCUUUUAAUGGAGAACCAGAACAUAGAUCUCCUCCUAAGCCUCUUACUGGGAAACAAGUUUAUGAACGUGUAAAGGACAUCAAUUGUGUUUUCGGCAAACCCUACAAGUCUCUUGGUGACAAGUUAUGUUAUAAAAAGAGGUCUGCAUUUUGGAUCUUGCCAUAUUGGGAACAUCUUAGUGUAAGGCAUUGUAUUGAUGUGAUGCAUGUUGAGAAAAAUGUAUUUGAUAGUUUGAUCGGAACGCUUCUGAACAUGCCAGGGAAGACUAAAGAUGGAGAGAAGGCUAGAAAUGACAUGGUCAAGAUGGGAAUACGCCUUGAAUUGAAACCUACAAAAAAGGGAAAGCGGUAUUACCUACCUCCAGCUUGUUAUACUUUAUCUAAGAAGGAGAAAAAAGUAUUAUGCGAGUCCUUACAUAAUGUGAAAGUUCCAUCUGGAUAUUCGUCGAACAUUCGAAACCUCGUGUCAUUGAAAGAUUUGAAAUUAGUUGGAUUGAAAUCUCAUGAUUGUCAUACUUUAAUGCAAGAGAUAUUGCCGAUUGCAAUUAGGUCGAUUUUACCCAAACAAGUACGACAAGCUAUAAUCAGACUUUGUUUGUUUUUCAAAGCUAUAUGUUCGCGGGUACUUGAUCCUGGUAAAUUAGACUCUUUGCAAUCACAACUCAUUGUCACAUUGUGUCAACUUGAGAUGUAUUUUCCGCCCUCCUUUUUCGACAUCAUGGUUCAUUUGGUGAGAGAGGUCAAACUUUGUGGGCCGGUGUAUUUAAGGUACAUUUAUCCGUUUGAGCGCAAUAUGGGUGAUUUGAAAGGUUAUGUGAGGAAUAGAUCUCGUCCAAAAGGCAGCAUAGUUGAGGGAUAUCUAACUGAUGAGGUCCUUAGAUAUUACAUCGAGCAUUUGGAAGAGUUCGAAACACUAGGACUUCCAAAGCCUCGUCACAAUAAGGAGAGAGUACAAGGUAUUGGUACAGUUGGUCGUAAAGUGCUAAACUUAAGUCGUGAAAUAGUUGAUCAAGCUUACCUCUACAUCUUACAACAAGUUGAUGAGGUGCAACCAUAUUUGGCAGACCAUAUGAAUCUGAUUAGGCAAGAAUAUCAUGGCAGAGGUGAAAAUUUUUUGAGAGACGAACACAAUCCAUCUUUCAUCAGAUGGUUCCAAGAGAAAGUGGAUCGUUAUUUAAAACAAACACCAAAUGAUGUUAGUGAAGACAUUACAUGGUUAGCGUUUGGUCCAGAUGCAAAUGUUGUAUCCUAUGAAGGUUAUGAUAUAAAUGGAUAUUGUUUUAACACUAAGAGGAGGGAUGCUAGUAGUACUACGCAGAAUAGUGGUGUUUCUUUAGUGGCAUCAACUUUACAUUUUUCUAGUGCCAAGGAUAAUAAUCCACAGCAUGCAAAGAUGAACUAUUAUGGCAUGAUUGAGGAUAUCUUUGAACUUGAUUUCGUUCAGUUUAGGGUGCCUGUGUUUAAGUGCAACUUGGUGGAUAUAGGCAAAGGUGUGAACAUAGAUGACAUGGGAUACACGGUCGUGAAUUUCAAUAAACCGGGUCAUUGUGAUGAGCCAUUCAUCAUGGCCUCUCAAGCAAAGCAAGUAUUUUAUAUGAUAGAUCCGGCUGACACUUCAAAGUCAGUAGUUAUUCAAGGAAAAAAGCAUGGUGUUGCAGUUGCUGAUCUUGUACCAAAUGAAGAUGAGUAUGACCAAGUUGAUGAAAUCCCUGUUUUUUCUAUGUUGCAAAACACACCCGUGCAAGUAGACGAUUCAACAGAUCAUCAUUUGCGAGGUGAUCACAAUGAAGGUGUAUGGUGGUGUCUUCUGUUGUGUCUAGGGGAUUUGAUAGGUUGUAAGGCUCCACUGUUGUUUUUGUUUGGUGCAGUUGAUGUUCUGAUUCACGCAAGAACAGGAAAUAAGAGAGAAAGGUUUGUUGGUAUGGCUUCUGAAAAUGACAAUGGCUCUCCUGCUAACAAUGAGAAUCCAAAAAAGUCAAGUCAAAAGACCACUAGAGGGCCUUCAACACCCAAGUAUAUCAUUGAAAAAGAUGAUGGACCAUUUCCUCUACAAUUGAAUGAGAAUAAUAUAUUGUGCGAUCGGAGAGUUCAAGAAUAG